GGAGUAUCCCCGGCCCCUGAGUUGCUUCCCCCCUCCACUUUACCCCGCCGGCAUCGCAGCGAUGCCGCGGGCCCCGCGUGCGGGCAGGAAGAGGGGUGAUAUCCCCCCGCUGUCGCUGGGGUGGUGCUGUGGCAGGGGGGAGCCCCCCCCCCCCCCCCCUUCUAGUCAGCCUCGGGUGGUGUGCCCGUCCACCAAUGAACGGGCGCCCGGACGCGACGCGGCUCUUUCUGAAAACCGGGGCCAGCCGCCGGCCCCAGACAGCAACAGCAACCGCCGUCGCGCGUAGCAGCCAGCUGCCGGCAGUCGCAGGACCCUUUUUUUUUUUUCACGAGCUUGCCAUCAGGCGCGCCACGAACAUCGACGAUUUCUCUGACCGAACGACUCAGUGGAAUAUAGUGGAAACCCCGGCAUCCAGUGGAUAUAAUUCUGAAGAGGCCGCGCAUUCUACGCUUCUGCGCAAAAUUGACGAGACACGAAGUUCGAGGCGAAUUACACCACCGGGACCACUGCCAACACCCGCACCUCAAGCUCUUCUUGCACAACCACGUCACUGCGGCCAUGGACUGUUCGAUUCGAGCGAGCAUCUGGACGCGCCAAGAGACGACGCUGCUCCUGGAUCUGUGGGAGCAGGAGACGCGCCGCCAGAACCUGGACGGCACCGCGCGCAACUACAAGGUCCACCAGCGCAUCUCGCAGGUGCUCAUGGCCAAGGGCUACUGCCGCACGGCCAUGCAGGUGCGCGAGCGCCUCAAGCGGUUGCGACGCGAGUUCCGCGAGUCACGCCACUGCGAGUACUACGACAGGGUGGCGGCCAUCAUGGCCUUUACCAGGGCGGCGGCGGCCGCCGCCAACCGCGCUGACCUGGCAGGGGUGCACGACGGUGCCAUCGACGCGAACUCCAAUGCUGCGUCGCCCAACGACCACCGCCACCUGCUGGGAGGCGCCUGCGACGACGACGACAUGGCUGACAGCAUGAAGGCUGACGACUACUCUCAGACCGCAUCGGAGAACGAAGCAGACUACCAGGACAGCAGGAGCGGUAACUUGGUCAUCGAUGGAAGCGGUGGCACCGCCAACGGCACCGCUAACUGCACCGCCAACGGCACUGCCAACUGCACCGCCAAUGGCACGGCCAACGGUACCGCCAAUGGCACGGCCAACGGAACCGCCAAUGGUACUGGCCCCAGUCACGAAGCCGAGUCCCUGCUGCUACAGCGCCGGACGGUGCAAUUGCUGUCGGCGCUGGUCGAGGUACAGCGACGAUCGCAAAAGUCCACUGUCUGCUACCAACGCCAGAUGCUGCAGCACAUGGGCACCUUGUCCAGUGCCAUGCAGACCGUGGCCGGAGCCCUGGCCCGAGCUUGCCUUUACAUGCCACCGGGAGAAAGGGUCGAUGGCAACUGCAGCCCCAGCUACGCGGCCGGCUUGCUGGACCACGACGACCUGGUUGAGUCCCGAGAUGCCGACACGCCUUCUCCACGGAACUACAUCAAGCACGAACCAAGCGACUGAGAUGGAAGUGUAUUGGAGUUCCCCAGAUAAAGUUAGCCAAACCUGAAGUUUCAAAAAAAAAAAGAAGAGAAAUUGAAAAACAGACAAUACGUAUGUGGUAAUGAGACCUAUACGGUGUUCGGUCCUUUGUCAUCUUCCGCCAUCUAAAUAAUUUUUGUGCACUUGGCUAAUUAUAUAUAAUAAUUAUUAAGGAAACAACAGUUUCGCUAACUGGGAAACUUCGUGGCAGACUUCAAAUGAUGCAGAACCUGGGUUUCUUUGUUUAUUUAAAGAAUAAGCUGAAGUUCCUGAUAACAGUGGCAAGUUGGUACGUGUAUUAUGGCCUGCGGUAGCUGAACGCGAGAAGUAUUCAACAGUUUAUUACCAAAGAGACAGGGUGCCCACCUUUCCAGUACAAAUGUGCGAAGGUUGGUACACGUGAAGUCAAUUGCGCUUAGACGGAAAUCUAUGAAUAACAAGGGUCAUUACAUGCCAAACAAGCAAGAUGCUAGUCGGAGGCUAAGAGCGCACAGUGCUAGUCUCAAGUCUUGCAACUGUGAUGUCCAUGGGGCCAAUGUAAAUGAAUACACAAUGCAGGAAACGCAGUGAGUAGCUUUCCUUUGGAGCGAAUGUUCAUCGACCGAGUACGCGUUCCACACAUUUCCUUGAUGUGUCCUUAACAUUGUGCUCUCCUUAUUUUGUAUGUGCGUGACUUGUUCUAGAUGCUUCAUAUUUCUCCUUGUUGCUUGCUAGCAAUAAUUGCAUCUCGGCCACAACUUCCUAUGCCAAAUACUAUAAAAGACCUGGAGUUAGCGAGUAUUCUCUUUGCCAAAGAUAUUUUUUUAAUCGUUGAGGCACCGGAUACUGUUAGAUUUUAACUGCAGUGGUAUUGAUUCCCGACCAUUUUUUUUUUCUGAGCUAACGCUGUUCAAGAUGUGUGUAACAAACACUGCUCAUAUUUGGCUCUAUACUGACUCGAAAGGCCUGUGAAACACCGCGGUUGUUAGACGUGUCUGCGCUAGCGUCUAUCCAUCACCCAUGCGAAUGUGUAUAUAAAAAAUAAAACACUUGUAUGGUGCUUCACAGAAUACUUAAGUAUUUUUGAAUA